GGGUGCCAGAUGACAGCUUCGUAUGAAGCACAGGCUACGACGCAUCGUCCCCGUCGAGCAAUUUACAAAAACAUACUCAGGAAACACUCGCGUCACACACCAACGCCUUAGCACUCUUAUCCGAACUCUCUACCAGCAAUCCAAGGACGAAAUAUGGCUUCUUGUACGACUGCACCAAAGUGUAGAGCCUGCCCCUCGUCUUUUGAGAAAGACAGGCGUAUCUAUCGAGGAAGCUCGUCGAUGGACUCCAGUUAUGCCUCGCGAUGUCCAGUUCGACUUUGCACUCCAGCUUCUCCGACCCGUCUCAGAAUCCAAUCUGCUUUUGAUUGAGCACGAUAGAUCCCUGCCGACCCCAACCGAGCAAGCAAACAGUCAAGCUGUUGCCAUUCAGGACGAUGGUGCUUCACCACAAGCGACGGUGCCUACCUGGCUCAUUCUACGCCUCAUAUACCGCAAAGUCCGUACGGCCACCCACGCUGCGAGAGCAUGGGAUCUCAUCCUCCAACACCUUCCGCAUGCCUCACCUGAGCGCCAUGCCCCCAUCUUGCUCGUCUCCGCCCACGUCCUCCUCUCCCAUGGCCUGUUCAACCCCGUCAAAGAUCUCGUCGCCAUAUUCCUCGCUCUCCCCAUCUUCCACGAAUCUUUCCACAUAAACCUUCUCCUUCAAGUCCUCUCGAGCUACUGCACAACGCCCGAAAGUGGACUCCAUAUCAGCCGUCUGUGCGUGAGGAUCCUCGAGGCCCUAGAGAACCGCGAAAUGGCUCUGUCGCACGAGACAUAUCGCAUCUUGCUGUCGAAUAGGUACAUAACGAUGCAUCUUACGAAUGCGCUCCAAGCACGGACGCUUCGGGAGGGAAAGGUCCCGGACGUGAAGCAACUCGAGGCCUAUGCACGCAUUUACGCCCGGCAAGGAAAAAUCCACCACGUCAACACUUACGUCGAAGCUGUCCGUAUCAUGCUUAACCGGCUCGACAAACCUGCUGCUUCUUCUGCCAAACGUUCCCCACCAUCACAUGUUCACGACUUUCCUGCCGCCUUCGUAUAUCUCGAAAAGCUCGUCCGGGACACGAACACCAUCCGGCAUCCUGCCGAGCGCCAGAACCUAAACCACGGCAUUGGUCCCCACGCACACUCCCGCAAGCGAUUCGACCCCGCUCAAUGGGCCGCUCGUCUCUACGCUAUAUCUCGCGACAGGUAUAUCAACAGCGCAGCCUUGAUCUCUCACUUCCGCUACCCUGAACAAUUUCCACAAGGUUUUCGGUGGCGUAAACCCCUAUUCUACACCAUAGUCAUCAAUGGGCUUCUCCAUCGCCGGUCGCCAGGACAAGCUUAUACUCUCUGGAAAGAAUACCGACAGAGUGACCUUUGGCUCGAUCGACCCUCCCUAAUUAUCGGUAUUCGGGUCCUCACUCGAAAUGGUCUUGUCGAGGAAGCUCUUCAGCUUGUCGAAGAAGCUUAUCAGGCCGCUUGCGCUGGCGCGAUGCCGACACCGAAGCGUCUUGAGUCGCAGAGGAGCAUAUUCACGCCUGAACGGACCUUGCCCGCUUCUGUUAUGACAAAACUUAUGGCGGGUCUCGUCACGUAUUGUGGCCGGCCAGACAUCGUAUGGUACCUUUGGGAGAAUAUGGAGCUUCUGUAUGGGACGAAACCGGACGGUGAGACCCUUACGGCGCUCAUUAUCGCAGCUCGCGAAGCGUCGGCGUCGUUCGAGACUAUCUCUGGGGCUAUACGCGAGAUGCGGAUGGACAUGCGGGCUUGGAAUCCAUUUCGCUCUUCCAACACCUCUAGCUCUACCGACGAUUUUGAUGCCGCCAACAAUCCACCCCAUCCGCCUGAACAAACUACUGCGAGGUCUCUCAUCUCCGCCCGUCAAGACGCGUACGAGGGCCUCCUAUCACUUCUCCACCCUUCGGUCGUACCCACCGACACCUGGUCCUCCCAACAAGCCUACCGUCUCGCCCGCUCCAUCUUCCGUCGUAUCCUCUUCACCAACCACCCGGAACUCUACUCCGUCCAGUCACCCGCCCAGAGCAUCCGACGAUCAAGGAACGAUAUCGGCAACAGCCCCCUCCUCGACCUCAAACGCACCUUCCUCCCCUCUCGCCAGCCCAUCCCCAACACGGCCCCAAACAAUCCCAACGGCAUCUAUAUCCCUCCCCCCUCCCUGUUCCCCAGUUCCCAAAAAAGUCCGGGAACAAACCUAACGCCCCUCCUCCGCACCUCGCACCCCUCAAUCCUCCCCUCUGCCCGCGCCUUCAACGCCUACAUUCUCCUCCUCGGCUCCUUCGAGCUCGCCUCCGAAAUCCCACUCGCACUCGCGUGGAUGCGUGAGCUCGACGUGACACCCACGAAACGGACGAUCGCGCUCGCACUGGUUUAUUGGUCCGAGAUCAGUUUGAGGGCGCCGCUGAUUGAGGCGUUUAGUGCGUCGAAUGGGGGGUUGACCGGUAGCGGCUCGGCGUCGAUUUUGGGAGUGGGAGGUGUGGGAGUUGGUGGGAUUGGUGUAGGGGGCAGAAGGGCAGCAUCGCCGUAUGGGGUGCUGUUGGUGUGGUUGGAGGGGUGGUUGGGGAGUAAGAGGAUGCCGGGGGAUAGGGAGUUCGGAGCGGCGUUGAGGGAGGUGGAUAGGUUGAGGAGGAGGAGGAGGGAUAAGGGGAGGGGGGCGGCGGAGAGUGGGAGGUUGGAUUGGAAGGAUGAGGAUGAGGAGAUGGAGGGUGAGGGUGAGGAUGAUUAUGAUUAUGAUUAUCGGAGGUCGUAGUAUGUAGACUUGCUGGACUAGUGUGUAGGCUCUGCGC